GUGUGUGUGUGUGUGUGUGUUCAGUGACAGUAUUUAUAAGGCAAGUACAGACUCUUUCUCAUCAUUUUCUGUCAUCAUGGAGCUGAAACUUCCACUUGUGAUCCUCUGCCUCUGUGCUUUGGCCAUCACUUCAACUGAAGCCGCCAUCCCAAGAUGCUGCAUCAAAACAAAAAAAUUCAUCUCUCCGAAAAUACUAGUGAGGGUCCAGCGGUGGUACAUGCAGCACGGCAGCGACGCCUGUGACAUCCCUGCACUGGUACUGCAUGUGAAGGACCUGAGGACGCCCGUAUGUGCUCAUCCCAAAGUGGAGGCAUUCCUGAAUCAUCUGCACCGGCGGAGGGAAAAGAUCAUGCAGAAAAGAGCUUUCUGAAAAGCCGUCAUUUUGGGUCCUUCUUUUAAUUGAUUAGGAUCAUUGAUAUGAUCCAUUACAUUUAUCCAAAGUUACUUUUCAAAACAAGAUUUUAACUACAAAAGCAUCAGUUCAUAAAAUGUGAUGCCGUGUUAUGGAUUACUCUACAGCAUGUGAAGUGAUUGACUACAACAUUAACAUUGCUUUAUUCUGCCUUAUGGGGACUUUUCACUCAGUGUAUAUUUCAGCGUUAUUCUUUUGUAUAAUAAAGGUGUUAUUCUUCUUUGA